AUGACCGAGGGAGAAGUUGAAACCGACGAAGAUGGCGAAAGUGAGCUUCCUGAUCUCCCAAACGUCGAAGAAGGCUUUCCGACCAUCCUUGUUCCGAGCGGAUCAGCGGUCAUUAAAUUCAACUCGAACGGAGACCACGAACAAAAAGGAUUUGAACUCGGUAUCCGUGAGAUAACAAAAGCUGAUCUGAUCGAAAAACAUGCUGAACCACUUUUUGAUAGUCUACCAGACAAUCGCUUCGGAACAAGAUAUUAUUACCGAUUGACAAGAUCAUUCGUCCAAAUGAACAGGUCUUUUACUGGCAAAAAGUGUUUCAAAGAAAACGGAUUUGGCGAAGAAGCUCUCGAUAUCAACGCUUUCGACGAGAACGACAUGUGCAAACUCAACAGGCAACUCUACGCAGCCAUAAACAGCUUCGCAAAGAACUUCGCCUGCAAGGGCCGAGGCAAGUCUGGAGCGGAGAUGAGCGCUGAGCUAAACAUAUUUUUAAACCUUGAGAGAAAUCAAACGGGGCCUUUCGGCACGGGAAGCAAGGAACCUAGCCUGUCGUCGUCGGCGUUUUCUUCCGAUGAGAGUGGACUAGGAAUUUCUUCUGAGUCUCAAUCAGAAGACUCCUCUUCCGAAGAGCAAAUGGAGAAUCCGCCAAGUUAUGCAAGUAUUACCUCCAAUCCUCGCCUUGAAGAGGAUCUGACCCGGAUUUCUGACGACAUUGGAACGGGAAAAGAACAAUUUAUUCGAACAUUUUUAUUCGAAAAUAUUGUUCAAUUCCCGAAAAAAGACAGUAUUCUCGCAUCAUACGACCAAAAUAACCUCGCAGUCCAAGUUCACACAACCUUCCAAGCAGUAAGGCGUCAACGACCUGCUCGGGAGGUCCGCACGGAAAAGAUCAACUUCUGUCAUUCUCAUGUUCACCCAGGAGUUGCCAUCUAUCGCCAGGAAUUUUCACGGACGCCGUCGCCGACGGAUGAUUUUACAGACAGUAUUCACCCCAUGCUCUUUUUCGACAACACAAGACGUCUUCUUCAACGAAGACGAGGCGCUUUUGAAAACAGCUUCGAGGAGGAUCUCGAGCUGGGGGAUUUCUCACCUGAUGAGAUGGAUGAGGGCGACUUUGCGUUCGACAUCGUUGAUGAUUUGUUGAAGUCGUCCUCAUCGUCGGAGGAGGAAGAGGAGGAUAGUGAAGGCUCGCUUUCGGACUCAGAGGAAGAUGAUACUCUCUGCGGAGCAGACGAGCUCAAGUCCGAAUCAAUCGAUCCUGAACCCAUCAGGCAAGAAAAGAGAACCCAACUUGUCCUUACUCUUUUUUUCAAGGGAGGAUCAACUCACUACUAG